AGCGGUUCAGAAAAAUAAUACAUUUAAUAAAUACAUUACCCAGCUGCUUCCCUCUCCCUGAAUUCUAUCAAUCAUUUCUCCAUCAAAUAUUUUUUUUUUGAUUCUGGGCAUACUUCACCACAAAGCCAAACGUCAAAUAUCUAAAUUUUGAAAGCACCCUUCUCGGAAAAGAGAAUAAAAAAUUGGGUUUCUGUUUCCUCCUUUCUAUCCUUUCUCUCCGUUUCUCAUUGUUUACGUCGAACAAGAAGAAGGAAAGCUAUAAAAGUGACAAGAUUUCUGAAAUGGUGUUGGCAGGAUUUUAUAAUGACCCUGAAUUUGCUAAUGUGGAUUCAACUGAGAACGGAUCUGUUCCUUUUAGAGGAACGAUUUUGAGGAAUAAAUCGGGUAAAAUCUCUUCACCAGUGAAAGAAGAGCCUUGCGUUUCUUGUACUACAUUCAACAUCCUGGCUCCUAUCUACAAGCGAUUGGAUCAGCAGAAUCAGAGCAUACGAGAGAGUGAUUUUAGAGCAUUUUGGUUAUCAAGAAAUGAGAGGAUUGUAGAUUGGUUGCUCUAUGAAAGUUCUUCCAUUAUCUGUCUGCAGGAAUUUUGGGUUGGAAAUGAGGAAUUGGUACAUAUGUUUGAAGAUAGACUUGGUGCUGCAGGCUACGAGACCUUCAAGCUCGCAAGAACCAACAACCGCGGAGAUGGUUUACUAACAGCUAUACACAAGGACUACUUCAGGGUUUUAAAUCAUAAAGAAUUGCUCUUCAAUGACUGUGGAGACCGAGUCGCUCAAUUGUUACAUGUUCAAUCAGUUGUCCCAUUUGCAAUAAGUCAGAAUUGCUGUGUUGAACAAGAAAUUCUUAUUGUGAACACCCACCUAUUGUUUCCUCAUGAUUCCAGUUUAUCCGUCGUACGACUGCACCAGGUUUAUCAAAUACUACUAUAUCUGGAAACAUAUCAGAAAGAAAACAAACUCACCCAGAUGCCUGUCAUACUCUGCGGUGACUGGAAUGGAAGCAAGCGUGGGCAUGUCUACAAGUUCCUCAGGUCCCAGGGAUUUGUGUCAUCUUACGAUAUUGCUCAUGAAUAUACAAGUACUGCAUAUGCUGACAAGUGGGUUAGUCAUCGGAAUCAUAGAGGAAACAUCUGUGGUGUUGAUUUCAUAUGGCUUCGUAAUCCUAAUAAGUCACGAAAACCAUUGAAGAUAAGUUGGGCUGAAGCAGCUUUUGGCAUAAUAAAGUUUCAACUUCAAAAGGCUUCAUUGGCCGAAAGGGAUGCCUUUGCCUUUCUAAGGGCUGACAACAAUGUCAACCACAUAACUUAUUCGGCUUUUUGUGAUGCUCUUAGACAGGUAAAUUUAACCGGUCUUUCAUAUGGACUAAGUUUCCAGGAUACAAAAUAUCUCUGGCUCCAAGCAGACUUUGACGGAAAUGGUGUUCUAGAUUAUGAAGAAUUUAAGAGAAUCUGGAACUCUACAUGGUCAGAACAUAUGGAUGGAGAUUGCAGCUCAGAUAACUUGAAUGAAGGUAAAGAAGAAGUGGCUAUUGGUUUUGCUGUAAAGAAUGCAGCUCUCUUCCCUCGUGAAGUAGAGAAAGGGAUAUGGCCUGAAAACUACUCUCUUUCCGAUCAUGCCCGACUAACUGCAGUGUUCUCCCCGGUGAGAUUACGGUGUCCACAACGGAACCUGUAGACCGGUUGAUGAUAGAACAAAAUGAGAAAUUAGCUUUUGUUUUGUUUAUACGGCAAAGUUUGCAGUGUAUAAGCAGAUCAGCCUAGGAAUGGUAUGAAAAAUAAUAAGCUUGUGUAAGGCCUGGCGUAAACUAUAAUCAGGCCGGCCAGGGUUGGAGCUAACAGUUGUAUGAAUCAAUGAAUGAAAUCAAAAGGGUAAGGAAGGAUCUCAAAACUUGGGAUUUGGGGAGUCU